AUGCCUCCCUACUGGGAGGACGAGUCCAGUUGUCCAUUUGACGAGGCCUGCAGCACUGACUCCCUGCUGUCAGCCUCCACCGAUGGCUAUGGCGCUGAAUCACAGCUGCCAGUACCGCCCAACACCGAGUUUCCAUCGCCGCAGCCGAUCGGCGCGACAACCCUUUCAGCGCGUCGCGGCCCCCUGGUGGAUGACUCAGCGUACAUGCCCGGAGGGAACGCCCUCGCACAGACCUGCAUCGAGGAAGCCGCGCGGCAGCUGCAGUCCGUAGCAUCAUGCACGGUGAUCCGCGAGACAGGCACUGAGAUUGUGACUGAGGUGCAGGCCCGUGAGACAACCGUUGUGACAAACGACCCUGCGCAAGAGAUUUCACAGUGCCCGGAGGUCAGCUGGCGCAUCGCCAUGGGCUGGUUUUACGGCUGCCGCUACUAG